UCGAAGGAGGAGGGCUGGAGGCUGGGCCAGCGGAAUGCUACGUGUCUUGGAAGUCCCUUUUAAAAAAAACCAAAAAAAAAAAAAAACAUCGUCUUCUUCGAGUACCGCAGCCAAAAGUUUUGAGAUUUACAACUCAAACGACCGGCUCAUCCUCCCAGGCCCGUGUGUGCAGCAGACCAGCCCCGUGUUCAGCAGUCCGUCGGCGGUAAUACACUUGCGGGAAAAUGUCUGGAGUGAAAAAGCUUUGCACGGAUCUCAACAGAUCGACUAACGUGGUUUACCAGGCCCACCAUGUAAGCCGAAGCAAGAGGGGGCAGGUUGUGGGAACCAGGGGAGGCUUCAGAGGCUGUACCAUUUGGCUCACCGGUUUGUCCGGGGCCGGAAAGACCACCAUCAGUUUUGCACUGGAAGAGUUCCUGGUGUCUCAUGCUAUCCCCUGCUACUCACUGGAUGGAGACAACAUUCGCCACGGCCUGAACAAGAAUCUUGGCUUCUCAGCAGGCGAUCGAGAGGAGAACAUCCGUCGUAUUGCUGAGGUGGCCCGACUGUUUGCAGACGCCGGGCUGGUGUGCGUCACAAGUUUCAUCUCUCCUUUCUCUAAGGAUCGUGAGGAAGCCAGAAAGAUUCAUGCAAGUAACGGGUUGCCAUUUUUCGAGGUGUUCAUCCACGCUCCUCUUGAGGUGUGCGAGAGCCGGGAUGUAAAAGGACUUUACAAGAAGGCUCGUGCUGGAGAGAUCAAAGGUUUCACUGGGAUUGACUCAGAUUAUGAACGCCCUGAGAUUCCCGAUCUUGUGCUGAAAACUGGUGAGCUCACGGUGAACGAGUGCCUCCACCAAGUGUUGGAGCUGCUCAGGGAUCAGGAUAUUGUACCCAGCGAGAUCAUGGAGGAGUUGAAGGAGCUCUUUGUCCCGGAGAACAAGCUGAAUCUCGCUGUGGCUGACGCAAACACGCUUCCCACCAUCAGCAUCACCAAGUUGGAUCUGCAGUGGGUGCAGGUUUUGGCAGAGGGCUGGGCUAGCCCUCUGAAAGGCUUCAUGAGAGAGAGAGAGUUCCUGCAGGUCUUGCACUUUGGCAACCUGUUGGACGAAAUCCGACCAAGUUCCACCAAACCAGCGAAACCCCCUGCAUCCAAACAUAAUGGCGGGGCUAUCAACCUGACUGUUCCCAUCGUCCUGCCUGUCAGCGCUGAGACCAAACAGCAGCUGGACGGCUGUGCGGCCAUUGCUCUGGAGUACCAGGGUUCACGUGUGGCUGUCCUCAGGAACCCCGAGUUUUAUGAACAUCGUAAGGAGGAACGCUGCGCCAGGCAGUGGGGCACCACAUGUCCACAGCACCCUUACAUUAAGAUGGUUAUGGAGGGAGGUGAUUGGCUGGUAGGUGGCGACCUGGAGGUUCUGGAGCGAAUCAAAUGGAACGAUGGACUCGACCAGUACCGCCUCACUCCACAGCAGCUCAAGCAAAAGUUCAAAGACAUGAAAGCAGAUGCCAUUUUUGCUUUCCAACUUCGUAACCCAGUACACAACGGUCAUGCCCUGCUGAUGCAGGACACCAAGCGGCGCCUUCUGGAUCGUGGCUACAAGAAUCCAGUCCUCCUGCUGCACCCACUCGGAGGCUGGACCAAAGACGACGACGUGCCUCUGGACUGGCGGAUGAAGCAGCAUGCUGCUGUCUUGGAGGAGGGCGUCCUGGACCCGGCCAACACCAUUGUGGCCAUCUUCCCCUCACCUAUGAUGUAUGCUGGGCCCACAGAGGUUCAGUGGCACUGUAGAGCUAGAAUGAUCGCCGGAGCAAACUUUUACAUUGUUGGCCGGGACCCUGCUGGCAUGCCUCACCCAGAAACUAAAAAGGACCUCUAUGAACCCACUCACGGGGGCAAGGUCCUCACCAUGGCACCAGGUCUCACCUCUGUGGAGAUCAUCCCCUUCAGGGUGGCUGCAUACAACAAGACUAAGAGGGCUAUGGACUUCUACGACAAAGCCAGACAUGCUGACUUUGAAUUCAUCUCUGGAACCAAGAUGAGGAACAUGGCUCGAAGCGGAGAGAACCCUCCGGAAGGUUUCAUGGCCCCAAAGGCCUGGAAGGUGCUGGUGGAGUACUACACCUCGCUGCAGAAGGACAAGUAGUAGACAAAGUCAUCCAGCUGGCCAGACAACAGAGUACUGUAAAAGGAUACAAGAGGUUCUUAAGAGGGUAUUUUAGAUAGAUUUUUGUAAAAUCACUUAUAAAAUAUGCACAUUAAGAAUUAUGUAUUUGCUACAAAUAAUGAGUUGUGGGUGUUUUAUAUAAGUCUUCACCAAACCAAAAUGAAUCUUCUUACAGCAGUUAAGAGAUAUAAUUUUUACCUUCCUAUAAAACAAUGUGAUUUAUAAAUCCAUUGUAUGUUUAUAUGCAAAUUAACUUAAGCUAUGUAUUUUAAUAAAUUAAAAUUAACUUGAGAUUCUUUUUUUAUUUUUAGUUGGGGUUUUUUUGGAGCACAUUCCAAAACAGAAGACAUUUUUGAUAUUUGCAUGUAAUUAUCUGAAGGAUGUGAUACAUAAAAGAAACGUAUAGAUUUCACUUUUUUUAUAGCAUUUUAUGGAAAUGGUCAUGUUAUUAGUAUACGAGCUGAAUGAGAGUCGGUGUCAGUUUUAUCACUACCUAAAGCGCCUCUUUACAUGUAUGGAUGUUGAUUAAUUCAUCAUGUUUCAUAUUGUUGGGAAAUACAACCUAGAUAUAAAUGUGUCAAAAUGUGAAAGUGCCUUACUCUGAAAAUGUCAAAAUUGUAAAUCAGAAACUGCACGAAUCUCUGACUGAUGUUGUCUAUAAUGUCUCUGACAACUGUGUGAUUGUAUGAGAGGGCAUGUGCAUUCAUAUAAUAAUAAAGACCUGAAGGACAAAGGUUGUCCAAUUCAGUAAUAAAGUAA